AUGAAAAAAUUCUGUUCGAUUGCGAUAGCGACGUUACACCUACUGGCGGUUGAUGCGUCGGUGAUACGAGCAGACGUACCACAGCAACUCAGAAACCAGCUCGUAAUGAACGCCCAUGCCCAAGCAAUAUUGGCCAUUCCUUUUCCGUUGACUUUCAAAAACACACCGGUAGGGAAAGCCAUCAAACCUGGGACAGAGCUCCGAAUUCUUCCAGUCGGAGACUCCAUCACAUAUGGAUUCCUGAGUGAUAUGGAUGGCGGCGAUGGAAACGGAUACCGAUUGCGGCUUCGAGAAGACCUUUCGAGCGACACCGUUGUAUUCGCAGGCACAAUGACUUCUCCAGUGGGCAACAUGACCGACGGCUAUUUUGCCGCUUGGAACGGCAAGACAAUCCAGUAUAUGGAAAACAACGUCGGUCCAUCGCUUGAGCAGCGCCCAAAUAUCAUCCUGCUCCACGCCGGGACCAACGACAUGAACCCAAACAGUGCCAUUUCCACAGAGGGUCAUGAUCCUGUGGCCGCAUCUCAGCGGCUCGGAUAUUUGAUUGACAAGAUGAUCAAUUCAUGCCCGGACGCAGUCAUCCUCGUCGCCAUGAUUAUAGGGACCUGCAACGCCGACCAAGCUCCGCAGACAGGAAUGUUUCAGUCGCUGGUGCCCGACGUGGUGAUGUCGAGAUUCCAGGCUGGGAAGCACGUCUUGGCAGUGGACUUUUCGACCUUUGCCCUGAGCAAUUUGAGGGACUGCAUUCAUCCGACGAAUCAAGGAUAUCAGCUGCUUGGAGAUUAUUGGUAUGACUUUAUCACGCAGAUUCCACAUGACUGGAUAACAGAGCCUAUUGGGGAUGACCCCAAGAGGAAGGAUAAUUUGGCUAUGCAUCUAAGCACGAAUUUGCCGUUGCUGGCGUUGCUGGGUUUAUUGUUUGUGUUGAUGCACCUGUUUUUUGAAUAG